AAGUUCUCGUCUCAGUUGUUCCGUGUAGUCAAUAGGUGGUUUAUACUUAGCGGGCCAAAUCAUGUCAAAUCAGGAGUUAGCUGUUCCGAUACGUACACACACUUACCUGUCUCCCAGGUACGGACCACGAGUGUGUACACACCAGGUGUAAAUAUGGUGUGCUGACGAAACCAGGAAAGAAAAAUGAAUUACAGCAUUUCUGGGAUUUCAUUAGACAACUGUUUAAUUAUGAUUUCUAGAGAAAACAUGGAGGUUUAUGAACAGCUAGUUAGACGGAGGAGAAGUGACAGAUGAUGAUCAGAGGUGAGUACAGAUAUCUACAAGCCACUAAAAACGGUCAAGGGGAAUCUGUCAUAACAAAAUGGCAUCAAAUGUGACGUCAGACCAGCUUCUGCUCGAGGAGGCAAAUAAAGAAAAGGUCCUUCUUCUACUUCCGGUGAUAAUCGCCGUCAUCGUCAUCAUGAUCAUUGGAACCCUCGGGAACUCUCUAGUCUGUUAUAUAUACUACUUCCGGAUGCGCAAGACACCGUCGCACUACUUCGUUUUGUUCUUGGCGGUUCUGGACUUGGUUUCCUGUUGUAUUGGAAUGCCGUCCGAGUUAGGAGACCUAUUUCUACCAGUUACAUUCACUUUACCGUUUGCAUGUAAGUUUCUUCGUUUUGUCCUAUCCUUUACGAUCAUCUCCUCGUGUAUAACGCUAAUCUGCGUGGCAUUUGACAGGUACUACAAAGUAUGUAAACCCUUUAAAGGAUUCCCGAUACGGAAAGUGCAGAUUCUGUGUGGUAUGGCGAUCAUGAUCGGUGCAGUCCUGUCGUGGCCUGCUUUAGUUAUCUUUGGGAUAAAAACAGUGGAGACUCCAGAACCAGGCUUAUAUGGUACGGAGUGUUCUACGUCCGACUCUAUGGGGAAGACAGUGUACCCGUUAAUCUAUUACGCUACACUUAUUUUAGCUUUUGUAGUGACGUUUGUGAUUUUCGCGACACUUUAUGUCAGAAUAGGCAUGGAAAUAAUUCGUCGGAAAAAGCACCCAGUUGGUGAGAGGGGACCUCCAGUCUCGCGAGAAACGUUGAGGAGACGAGAGUUGACUACAUCGAUACUCUCUGAUGACGAAUCAACGUCUGCUGAACCGUGUUCUGAUGAAGAAACUACACGUGAACUUCGCCCCAACCGCAGCAGCUUUUCUCAUCUGCGGGACUAUAUUGUACAUCAUUUCCGGUCUGACGUAAACAACGAUUUGAAAAGUACGGACAGUCAGUUUGAUAGUAGUAUAAACAGUUCCCUGCCCGCACGCCGCAAAAAAUCGAUGUACCGAAGCAUACGAACAACUUACAUAUUUUUAGCCGUCUUCAUCGCUUUCUUGAUAAGCUUUCUGCCAUAUUUAAUCGUCAACAUACUCAAACACACCAAAACUAUGUUCCACGAAUUCAACUCUGGAACAGAGGAAGUGGUUUAUAACCUCUGUGCGCGCUCAUUUUUCAUCAGUAAUUUUAUCAACCCCAUCAUCUACAGUUUACUGAACAAACGAUUCCAGAAGGAAUGUAAGAUUUUAUUCAGAAGAUAUUGCUGUCGGUGUUGUAAGACGGUUAGACAGAAGUCCCCAGCUUCCAGGAGGCGAUGAGGAGAAACAUGAACUCGACUCGCCUUUCUAAAAUCCCUGUGAUGUUCCGAAUGAAGACAGAUUCUUGCCGUUUUGCGACACAAAAACCGACGUGUUCUUGAUAUCUGAGUCAUUUCCGGUUCCGGUUUCCAUGACUUUUUUCACUACAAUUGUUGUUGAGGUUUGUUAUGUACGAGAGUUUAAUUUAUAUACCAUAUUUUAAUUUAUGAUGUCAUGCAAUGCUUCAAAUAUUUCAGACACAAGACUUCCCAAGAAGCUUUCUCCAAAGGAAAGUUUGAUCAUGAGUUAGGUACUGUACACGUGUUUACUGUCGGGGGCCAUAUUUUCCAAAAGAAAACGAUCCUGCUGUGUUCAUUUUUUUUUUUGGCAUUAACUGUCUGAAUUUAUUUUAUUCCAAUUAAUUGUUAUUGAUUAAUGCGUUGGCAGUUUCUUGAUUCUUCAGGUGAUAACAUUAAUAUGUAUCUACUCAAUAGGUACCAUAUUGGUAGUUAAAAUGAUAUAUCAUAAUGAUGGAGACAGAGUAGCAGAGUAGCCGUUUAGCAUAACCAGUAGACAUUAGGAUGAACUGCGAGAACAACACUUACCAACACGAAUUACAUUAUCCGAAAAGGAAUAGCAUACAAUACACGGAAAAUUAGACAAAUAAGAAAUAGCAUACACUAAAUAAUUGAGGAAAAGCACAAACAACGAUACUAUGUUAGCUAAACGAAUGUGGAAUGGAGGAGUAUCAUACGUAAAUUCAUGUUCAGUUAGCUUAAUCUGUUAUUUAAACUAGACAAGAUUAGCGUAACGAACUCGACAUAAGGAAAAGUAGAAAAGGAAGUAUUACACUGCUGGCACAGAGUUAAAUAACAGGAAAUCUCAUUAUUUAAGAUACAAAGAAAGUUCUUAUAUGUGAUUGACUGCAAUGUCAAAGGUCAACUCUGACAGGUAAAGUUGAGCCUAUAAUAUUACAGGUUAAUCCUCGUUGUUCCUUCAAAGUCAAAUACAGCAUGGCGUGCUCCUUUAUUUAAAUCUCUCUUCAUCACUAUUCUCUCACCUUACAUUGUAUAUGAGCGCAACAACACAAAAUUUCAAACCGAUCUUAUCGAUAGAAGAUGCCCCUCCGUCCAGAAAACAUCUGUCUUACAUUUCAAACACCGAGUUCAAGGUUAGAAAUAUUCAUUGUUUAUUUGUAUGAUAACAAAAACAAUGAUCUAUUUGUUCACUAGGGCCAUCUCGCGGAAUUUAUUUCAGUGUCCUUCACAUGAAGCACGAGUUCGUCAGAAUCACAACACUGUGGUAUUUCUGUCAUGUUUAAAAUUAACCUCACAAUUCACGUCUAUUGUCGGGAUGGAUGCUUAGGGUUUUGUCUGUCCAGCCAAGCGUGACCCUCUGUUUGUAAAUGGUGUCUACAUAUUGUUGAUUUAUCUGUUUUCUUGAAUAGACGAGAUAUAUACAUACAUAUAAUGCACAACUCUCAUAUUUCGCUUGUCAUUUAGAAAUAAGGGAACAGAACGAGGUCAAAUGUUUCUCACUUAUCGUACAUAUUUACAUUGUUCAAGGAAUACAAUUACACCUUCAAUCAUUAUGAUUUCUUUGUCGAAAAACGUCAUCUUAAAUUUUGUUUUUAAAGGAUGUAUGCUACCUUACUGUGUCAGAGACUUCAGGAUUUAUUCUUCUUUUCUGUGCCUGGGAGACUUGAAAAUAUAUUCUUCCUUUCCGCGACAUGGAUACUUAAGGGUGUAUGCUACAUUACUGUGACAUGGAGACUUAAGAAUACAUGUAUAUCAUACCUUACUGUGAUGUUGAAACUUAAGGGUGUAUACUACCUUACUGUGACUUGGAGACUUAAGAAUGUAUCAUACCUUACUGUGACAUGGAGACUUAAAGAUGUAUGCUACCUUACAGUGAGAUGGAGACUUAAGGGUGUAUGCUACUCUACUGUGACAUGGAGACUUAAGGCUGUAUGCUACCUUACUGUGAUGUGGAAACUUGAGGGUGAAUCAUAUCUUACUGCGACAUCGAGACUUAAGGGUGUAUCAUACCUUACUGUGACGUGGAGACUUAAUGAUGUAUCAUACCUUACUGUGACAUGGAGACUUAAGAAAAAAUAUAUCAAACCUUAUUGUGAUGCGGAAACGUAAGGGUGUAUGAUACCUUACUGUGACAUGGAGACUUAAGGAUGUAUGCUACCUUACUGUGACGUGGAGACUUAAGGAUGCAUCAUAAUUGACUGUAAAAGGAAUACUACCGUUGACAAAAACAAAACUAGGAUUUGGAAUUUCACGUGUGGACUUAACUUGUAUUUUCUCGGUUUGGUAGAUGACCCCAUUUCUUUUAACGUCCGAUCGGGCAAUCGAAGCUCAGCCCCUAUAGGAGAAAGGCACGUGUAUUACCACGUUGCCACCCGACCAUCCUAAGUGAGAUAUACUGUAAUGUUCUAUCAAAUCAAAUUUUAUAAAAAAAAUUAAAAGGAAGUUUGUAGCUUCCGUGUGUUUAUUUCAGUAUUCUAAUGUCUGAACUUUUAUUGAGUAAAUGUUCUUGAAUAACACUUUUUACUUCCUGUGAAUAGAGUUUGAAUAAAUUUAAAUAUUCAGACUUUUCACAUAACGCCUGAAAUCUUUUCCCCGAUGGAUAUCGAUACGGAGACCCCAAUUUCCUUCCCUUGUUUCACUGGAGUGUAUCAGAUAUAUAUAUAUAUAAUUAUUAUUAUCAUCCACUAAUCGUUUCCCUGUAAACAUGCUGUACACUAAAUUAUUCAGUUCCGUGACGCUACACAGUAGUUUUUAUUAGUGUGCUUUUUUUAACAAAAACCAGACGUACAUUUCUCAUGCGAAACAAGGAAAGUGAAUUUGUGGUCUUCGUCUCGAGAUCAGUGAACCGCUAUACGCUCCCGACAUCAAAUCGGCAUGACCCGACAUGUUGUAAAUCUUACCUUUCUUGUGCAAUACUUAUGAAACGCAAUAAUUAAAAUACAUGCUGUAUGUUUGUGACAAUUAUAAAUAAUAAACUAAUAAUUCUUGUU